CCUGGAAACUGCAUUGGCGUUCUAACACUCACCAAGAUUAAAGAAGCCGUGCACCAGGUAUCGACUGGAAGCAAGCAGGCCACAGAACUAGGACAGAAGAGCGUUCCAUGUUUUGCGGCCUUGGCAAGUUCUCUGGACACACAAGGGGGCAAGCUUACCCACCUGCUGACAUCCACUGACCCCCAUUCCCGUGAUGGAGGGGAGCCUAAGGAAUGUCCUGGUGGUCUCUUGUGGAUUCCUCCUCCUCUUCACCGCCUAUGGAGGGCUGCAGAAUCUGCAGAGCAGCCUCUACAGUGAGGACGGCCUCGGGGUGGCGACACUCAGUACACUGUAUGGCUCUGUGCUUCUGUCCUCCUUGUUCCUCCCACCUGUCCUCAUCAGGAGGUGUGGCUGCAAGUGGACCAUCGCCGGCUCCAUGUGCUGCUAUGUGGCCUUCUCCUUGGGCAACUUCCAUGCCAACUGGUACACCCUGAUCCCCACCUCCAUCUUGCUGGGUCUGGGUGCAGCCCCCCUGUGGUCGGCUCAGUGUACCUACCUCACCAUUGUGGGGAAUCUGCAAGCAGAGAAAGAGGGAAAGCCCGGCAAGGAUGUGGUGAACCAGAGCUUCGGCAUCUUCUUCCUUAUAUUCCAGUCGUCCGGGGUGUGGGGCAACCUGAUCUCCUCACUGCUGUUCCGCCAGACAUCCAGUCAAGAGGCCAUCCCAGAGGGACAGCUCAUGUCCUGUGGAGCCAAAGACUGCCUGACGGGUCCCACGGACAACGGCACCUAUCACCCCUCCCAGGAGCUCAUCUACACCACCCUGGGAAUCUACACUGGCAGCGGUGUCCUGGCCGUCCUGCUGAUAGCUGUGUUUCUCGAGCCUGUGGAGGAAAAGCUGGAGGAUGGAGGAGGGACAAGGCGCAGGCUGCCGCCUCUCUGGUCCACUGUAAUGUCCACCUUCUUGCUGUUUAGAGACAAGCGCCUGUGCCUCCUGAUGCUUCUGCCACUGUACAGUGGGCUCCAACAGGGGUUCCUGUCUGGAGAGUACACAAAGUCUUACGUGACCUGUGCCCUGGGCAUCCACUUCGUGGGCUAUGUAAUGAUCUGCUUCUCGGCCGUCACCGCACUGUGCUCCCUGCUGUACGGGAAGAUCUCCAAGCACACGGGCAGGGUUGUGCUCUACAUGCUGGGUGCCGCCACCCACCUCUCUUGCAUUGUUGCCCUCCUGCUUUGGCGCCCAGACCCGGCCCAGCGUCCUGUCUUCUUCCUCCUCUCUGGCCUGUGGGGAAUGGCAGACGCUGUCUGGCAGACACAGAACAACGCUCUUUAUGGUGUCCUAUUUGAAGAGAACAAAGAAGCUGCUUUUGCCAACUACCGCCUUGGGGAAGCCAUGGGGUUCGUCAUUGCCUUCGGGUACAGCUCAUUUCUGUGCGUGUCCACCAAACUCUAUGUUCUCUCGGGGGCCUUGAGUCUGGCCAUGGUUGCUUACGGGACUGUUGAGCACCUGGAAUCCAGGGCUGUUUGCAAGGCCCUUGCUGCAGAAGAGAAAAGCCAGGCAGAAGAAGAAGAAAUGAGAACAGAAAUGUGA